CAACCCUUCCACCCGACAAACUUCCAUCCUCAUCCACUCACCAUGGGCGCGGCUCUGUCUCUGCCCUUUCUGGCCCUGCCCAGCAUCGGCGGCCUCGCGACCUUUGCUGCCUCAUGCUGCGGUGCGGCGACAUGCUCCGCCGUCUGCAGCGCAUGCGGCAAAUGCCAGAACAGCAUGGCCACGCGCAUCGCCUACGCCCUCAUCCUUCUCGUCAACUCGAUCGUGUCGUGGAUCAUGCUCACUGAUUGGGCCAUCAAGAAGCUGCAAAAUCUCACGCUCGACUACAUGGACUUCAAGUGCGGCGACAGCGACUGUUAUGGCUAUGUCGCCGUUCACCGCAUCAACUUCGCUCUCGGCACCUUUCACGCUAUCCUGGCCAUAAUUCUGCUUGGCGUCAGAUCAUCCAAGGACGGCCGUGCGCCCAUCCAGAACGGUUUCUGGGGCCCCAAGAUUAUCGCAUGGUUCGGUCUCAUUGUGCUGAGCUUCCUCAUUCCCGAGGGCUUCUUCGUGACCUGGGGCAGCUACCUGGCCAUCAUCGGCGCCAUCCUCUUCCUCCUGCUCGGCCUCAUCCUUCUCGUCGACCUUGCGCACAACUGGGCCGAGUAUUGCCAAGACAAGAUCGAGACCAACGGAUCCCGGGCAUGGACUUGGCUCCUCAUCGGCUCAACGGCACUCAUGUACGUGGCGUCGCUGGCCAUGACUAUCGUCAUGUAUGUCUUCUUCGCCUCGGGUGGCUGCUCCAUGAACCAGGCGGCCAUCACGGUCAACCUGGUCCUGAUGAUUAUCGCCGCCAUCGUCUCGGUCCACCCGGCCGUCCAGGAGGUUAACCCGCGCGCUGGUCUCGCGCAGUCCGCCAUGGUCGCCAUCUAUUGCACCUAUCUCACCAUGUCAGCCGUUGGAAUGGAGCCCGACGACAAGCACUGCAACCCUCUCGUGCGGGCACGUGGCACGCGCAGAGCCAGCAUCAUCGUCGGCGCCGUGGUAACGUUCGUGGCCGUGGCCUACACGACGACGCGCUCGGCGACGUACGGCCUGGCUCUCGGCGCGCAAGGAAACCCCUACUCGGCCGUCGCAACAGACGACUACGAGCACGGGCUGGUGACGACGCAGCCGGAAAGCCGGCGCGAGAUGCGCAACGCGGCGCUGCGGGCGGCGGUGGAGAGCGGCAGCUUGCCGGCGAGCGCGCUGGACGACGAUGACGACGACGAGUCGGACGCGGGCGACGGCGCGGCACGCGACGACGAGCGCAGCAGCACGCAGUACAACUACUCGCUGUUCCACAUCAUCUUCCUGCUGGCGACGGCGUGGGUGGCGACGCUGCUGACGAUGAACUUUGACCCCGCGGCCGAGAACGACGGCUUCGUCGCCGUGGGCCGCACGUACUGGGCCAGCUGGGCGAAGAUUCUGAGCGCGUGGGCGUGCUACGCCAUCUACACGUGGAGCCUGGUCGCGCCGCUUGUGCUGCCAGAUCGGUUUGAUUAUUAAAUCUGGAAGGGAGGAGGCAGGGAGGGGGGCAAGGAAAGGGGGAAGGGGGAGGGGGAGGAAAGGGGAAAAGCGAGAAAACGAGAAAGCGAGAGAGGAAGAGAGAGGAGGAGGAGGGGGGGGGGGGGGG